AUGGCGCGGGCCAAGCUGCCGCGCUCGCCAUCCGAGGGCAAGGCGGGCCCGGGGGGCGCUCCUGCCGGCACCGCGGCCCCCGAGGAGCCCCACGGGCUCAGCCCGCUGCUGCCGGCCCGCGGCGGGGGUUCCGUGGGCAGCGACGUGGGCCAAAGGCUUCAUGUGGAAGAUUUCAGCCUGGACUCCUCCCUCUCUCAGGUCCAGGUGGAGUUCUAUGUCAACGAGAAUACCUUCAAAGAGCGGCUCAAGCUUUUCUUCAUCAAAAACCAAAGAUCCAGCCUGCGCAUCCGGCUGUUCAACUUCUCCCUCAAGCUCCUCACCUGCCUGCUCUACAUCGUCCGCGUCCUGCUGGAUAACCCGGAUGAGGGCAUCGGAUGCUGGGGCUGCACAAAGUAUAACUAUACCUUCAAUGGCUCGUCCUCAGAGUUCCAUUGGGGCCCCAUCCUGUGGGUGGAGAGGAAGAUGACACUGUGGGUGAUCCAGGUCAUUGUGGCCACAAUAAGCUUCUUGGAGACCAUGCUCCUUAUUUACCUCAGCUACAAAGGCAACAUCUGGGAGCAGAUCUUCCAAGUGUCCUUCAUCCUGGAGAUGAUCAACACACUGCCCUUCAUCAUCACGGUCUUCUGGCCACCUCUGCGGAACCUGUUCAUCCCUGUGUUCCUCAACUGCUGGCUGGCCAAGCACGCUCUGGAGAACAUGAUUAACGACUUCCACCGGGCCAUCCUGCGCACCCAGUCAGCCAUGUUCAACCAGGUGCUCAUUCUCUUCUGCACCCUGCUGUGCCUCGUCUUCACGGGGACCUGCGGGAUCCAGCACCUGGAGCGAGCCGGUGGGAACCUGAACCUGCUGACCUCCUUCUACUUCUGCAUCGUCACCUUCUCCACCGUGGGCUUUGGAGACGUGACACCUAGAAUCUGGCCGUCCCAGCUCCUGGUGGUCAUCCUGAUCUGUGUCACCCUCGUGGUGCUCCCUCUGCAGUUCGAGGAGCUUGUCUACCUCUGGAUGGAGCGGCAGAAGUCAGGGGGCAACUACAGCCGCCACAGGGCACAGACAGAGAAACACGUGGUCCUCUGUGUGAGUUCUCUCAAGAUCGACCUCCUCAUGGACUUCCUGAACGAGUUCUACGCUCACCCCAGGCUUCAGGAUUACUACGUGGUCAUCCUGUGUCCCACCGAGAUGGAUGUCCAGGUGCGCAGGGUGCUGCAGAUCCCGCUGUGGUCCCAGCGGGUCAUCUACCUCCAGGGCUCUGCCCUCAAGGACCAGGACCUCAUGCGAGCCAAGAUGGACAACGGGGAGGCCUGCUUUAUCCUCAGCAGCAGGAAUGAGGUGGACCGCACAGCUGCGGACCAUCAGACCAUCCUGCGGGCCUGGGCUGUGAAGGACUUUGCCCCCAACUGCCCCCUGUACGUUCAGAUCCUCAAGCCUGAGAACAAGUUUCACGUGAAGUUUGCUGACCACGUGGUGUGUGAGGAGGAAUGCAAGUAUGCCAUGCUGGCACUGAACUGCAUCUGCCCGGCCACGUCCACCCUCAUUACCCUGCUGGUGCACACAUCCCGCGGCCAGGAAGGACAGGAGUCUCCAGAGCAGUGGCAGCGCAUGUACGGACGCUGCUCGGGCAACGAGGUGUACCACAUCCGCCUGGGCGACAGCAAGUUCUUCCGGGAGUACGAGGGCAAGAGCUUCACCUAUGCAGCCUUCCAUGCCCAUAAGAAGUACGGCGUGUGCCUCAUUGGGCUGAAGCGCGAGGAGAGCAAGAGCAUCCUGCUGAACCCCGGGCCACGCCACAUCCUGGCCGCUUCUGACACGGGCUUCUACAUCAACAUCACCAAGGAGGAGAACUCGGCCUUCAUCUUCAAGCAGGAGGAGAAACAGAAGAGGCGGGGCCUCGCGGGACAGACGCUCUACGAGGGGCCGUCGCGGCUGCCCGUGCACAGCAUCAUCGCCUCCAUGGGGACAGUGGCGAUGGACCUGCAGAAUACAGAGUGUCGGCCCUCCCAGGCUGGCGGUGGCGGCGGCGGCGGCGGCGGCGGCGGCGGCGGCAACAAGCUGAUGCUGCCCACGGAGAAUGGUUCUGGUAGCCGGCGCCCCAGCAUCGCACCCGUCCUGGAGCUGGCAGACAGCUCUGCCCUGCUACCCUGUGACCUGCUGAGUGACCAGUCAGAGGAUGAGGUGACACCCUCAGACGACGAGGGGCUCUCUGUGGUGGAGUAUGUGAAAGGCUACCCACCCAACUCACCCUACAUCGGCAGCUCCCCGACUCUGUGCCAUCUUCUGCCCGUGAAGGCGCCCUUCUGCUGCCUGCGGCUGGACAAGGGCUGCAAACACAACAGCUAUGAGGAUGCCAAAGCCUAUGGAUUCAAGAACAAGUUGAUCAUCGUCUCCGCAGAGACAGCUGGCAAUGGGCUGUACAACUUCAUCGUGCCCCUGCGCGCUUACUACCGGUCCCGCCGAGAGCUCAACCCCAUAGUCCUGCUGCUGGAUAACAAGCCUGAUCACCACUUCCUGGAGGCCAUCUGCUGCUUCCCGAUGGUCUACUACAUGGAGGGCUCCGUGGACAACUUGGACAGUCUGCUGCAAUGCGGCAUCAUCUACGCCGACAACCUGGUGGUGGUGGACAAGGAGAGUACCAUGAGUGCCGAGGAGGACUACAUGGCCGACGCCAAGACCAUCGUCAACGUGCAGACCAUGUUCCGGCUCUUUCCCAGCCUCAGCAUCACCACAGAGCUCACUCACCCUUCCAACAUGCGCUUCAUGCAGUUCCGCGCCAAGGACAGCUACUCUCUGGCUCUUUCCAAACUGGAAAAGCAUGAGCGGGAGAACGGCUCCAACCUGGCCUUCAUGUUCCGCCUGCCCUUCGCUGCCGGCCGUGUGUUCAGCAUCAGCAUGCUGGACACGCUGCUCUACCAGUCCUUCGUGAAGGACUACAUGAUCACCAUCACCAGGCUGUUGCUGGGUCUUGACACCACGCCAGGCUCCGGUUAUCUCUGCGCUAUGAAGAUCACUGAGGACGACCUCUGGAUCCGCACCUACGGACGCCUCUUCCAGAAGCUCUGCUCGUCAAGUGCCGAGAUUCCCAUUGGCAUCUACAGAACUGAGUGCCACGUCUUCUCCUCCGAGCCCCAUGACCUCAAAGUCCAGUCCCAGAUCUCGGUGAACAUGGAGGACUGUGAGGAUACGCGGGAAACCAAGGGGCCCUGGGGCGCACGGGCCAGCUCUGGAAGUGGCAGCACCCACGGCCGCCACACGGACAGCGCUGACCCAGCAGAGCACCCUCUGCUGCGCCGCAAGAGCCUACAGUGGGCCCGGAAGCUGAGUCGCAAGGGCGCCAAGCACGCAGGGAAGGCACCUGUGGCAGCCGAGUGGAUCAGCCAGCAGAGGCUCAGCCUGUACCGGCGCUCCGAGCGCCAGGAGCUCUCCGAGCUGGUCAAGAACCGCAUGAAGCACCUGGGGCUGCCCACCACUGGCUAUGAGGACGUAGCAAAUUUAACAGCCAGUGAUGUCAUGAAUCGGGUAAACCUGGGAUAUUUGCAAGAUGAGAUGAACGAUCACCACCAGAGCACCCUCUCCUACGUCCUCAUCAACCCUCCGCCCGACACGAGGCUUGAGCCCAACGAUAUCGUGUAUCUCAUUCGCUCCGAUCCCUUGGCCCACGUGGCCAGCGGCAGUCAGAGCCGGAAGAGCAGCUGCAGCAACAAGUUAUCAUCCUGCAACCCCGAGACACGGGACGAGACCCAGCUCUGAGGCCGAGGCGACCCCGCCAGGGCGGACGCAGGAGGAAGCGGUGCCGACACACUGGCAAGCUGGCUUGGCCCAGGAGAGGCUGCAUUCCUCACAGUGGCUCUGAGACUUGACCCCAGAUGACGUUCUCACAGUGGACGGGGCAAGCGCACCCAGCCACCCUGGAAGCUAGCAGGAAGGAUUUUUUUUUUUAACCUAUUUUUACAAAUCUGUACGAGCCGUGUCUCUUUUACACAGAUACACCGUAACUCGUGACUGGGGCCUGGCCGAGGCUGAGGGCAGGCGACCAGGAAGGGCAGAGCAUGGAGUUGAUGCGCUCUGGGUCCCACUGCCCCCGCAUGGCCAUGCCUUGGCGUUGCUGCCGUGGAGCUCGGGUGCAUCAGGGAGGGGCAGGGCUCACACCUGGAACAAAGGGUCCCACACACGUCCCUUUACAUGGAAACCAGCUGUGUUCUCCAGCUACCCACCAACACUAGUUCUGACCACAGCUUCUGCAUGGCUCUGGGGCUGCACCAGGACCUGUGGGGCAUGUGCCCACUGGAACCAGGCAAGGUGCCAGUGGGGGUGCUCUACCCUCUGGGAGGUCAAAGGCAGAGCCAGAUCUUGGAUGCCUGGCCAGCCCCCAUCACUACCUGGGCCCGAGUCCCCUGCAUGUGGGCGUGGGGGUCAAGAUGAAGAGGUGCUUGCAGAUCCCAUGGCUGGGAGGUCAGAAGCUGUUUCCAGUUAUAACACUGUGCUUCCCUGGCCAUGGUGUUUGGGGGCAUGGGGCUAGCAGACGGCGCGUCUCCACUGAUGGUUUUCAAAGCAAAGCCUUGUCAACACCCGAUCUGAGAAGCACAAUUAGCUCUGGGCUCUGGCCAUGCCUUGGGUCUCCAGAGACUGUUCCAGGCAGCCGGCCUUUGGUCCUGUUUGAGGUUUGUACUGUCAGCGCUGGAACCUUCUAUUAAAUGGAUGCAUUCUGUAGGCAUGUGUGAUGUAAGGCAGCCUGCCGAGGCUCUGGGCUAGAGGACGUCUGGGGCUCUGGUUGAGGGUCAGACUCAGCUAAUGUGGCUCCUAGCCCCUGCCCCACAUGCUAACCUGCAAGCCUCCGGCAUAGACUUCCCAAAACACGGGAGUCAAAUCCUAUGUGGCUGUGGGUGGUGGAGUCUGGACAGCCAGGAAGCUUUGGGUGCAGGGCAACCAGGAAAUACCCAGAAGGCUCCUCUGCCUGCUGUCCAACAGCUUCUGUAGCCCAGUAUGCUCUACUGGUGGGCACAGGUCACCUAUACCUGCCAGUUGAUGGGGACCCCAUUCACAGGGGGCGGAUGGGUGCCCUGGGUGGGCUGUGUGAACCUCACUAUGUACACAUUGAGUACCCUGAGAUAUUGGCUGGAAGAGGAAGGUCCAAAGCAGGGAGAGGCUGAGGACUCUGAUGCAAAGUCCUAGGGCCUGGGUGCAGUGGCAGCUGGUUGACAUUGGGCCCAUCAGUGGCCACUGCCUUAUAGCAGGAGUCUAAGCCUGCCUUGCCUUUCCCUUGGCACCUCCCCUGCACCCAUGCCCCAGGUUCCCCACUGGCUACUGGACCCAGAAGGAUGGGAGAGCCCCCUAGGCUAUGUCUGGAUGGGGCUACAGCCCUCAAGUUGACCCCAGGAAGAGCCACCACCUCUUAAGAAGCCUCUUGGGGACUGUCGCCUCUUCCUCACCUACAGCACAGCCUCUGGCAGUGAGGAAGGAGGGCAGCAGCCACUUAGGGUUUAACUUCACUAGUGAUGUGGAUGCCAGGCUCUGGGCAUGGCUGCCACUGGGGCUGAGAGGGCCUGUGUGCCGAGAUGUCACCUGCAAGCACAAUAAAAGCAGCUUGCACACCUGGAACCUUC